AUGGUCAAGACUUCCGUCCUCAACGAUGCGCUUAACGCCAUGAACAACGCCGAGAAGGCUGGCAAGCGCCAGGUCCUCAUCCGUCCUUCCUCCAAGGUCAUCGUCAAGUUCCUCUCUGUCAUGCAGAAGCACGGCUACAUUGGCGAGUUCGAGGAGGUCGAUGACCACCGCUCCGGCAAGAUUGUCAUCCAGCUUAACGGCCGUCUCAACAAGUGUGGUGUCAUCAACCCCCGCUACCCCGUUCAGCUCCGUGACCUCGAGAAGUGGGCUACCCAGCUCCUUCCUUCUCGUCAGUUCGGUUACGUUGUCCUGACCACCUCCGCCGGUAUCAUGGACCACGAGGAGGCUCGCCGCAAGCACGUUGCUGGCAAGCUCCUCGGCUUCUUCUACUAG